AUAAAUAUAUGAUAUGCGUAAACAUGUAUAUUAUUUGAUUGAAUUUUAAAAAAAUAAUAUGGGUUUUAGUUCACAAGAUAAAUCGCAGUUUAGAACAUAAAGAACUUAUUUUACGUUGUGAUGUUUCUGAAAUCCUUGAAAAUUGUGGAUCAAUAGUCAAUACAAGGACAAAUACCUCAUAUAAAUCAAAGUGAAAACGCUGAUAUAAUAUUGUAUAAUAUUUAAAUUCAAAGAACGGUUUAAUGGAAUGAAAUGUGUUUCUGAUCGUUUUACAUUUUUAAGCCCGAAAUCAAUUUUUUACAAUGAUAAGUCUUUCUUAAUUAAAUCCUCUUAUGAUUUCAUUCCAUACAAGUUAAAAUACUAAAAAAGUACUGAUUAAUUGCCGUAGUAAUACAAAAAACAAUAAUAUCAAUUUGGGGCAUCCAAAUAAAUUUUGCACACGGGCCUCAGAGUUAAUAGUUGCGGCACUGGGAAAAAUGUUAGGGCGCACUUAUAUAAUACAACGCCGACGCUAAGUGAUGAUAAUGAUUUUGAAAAAUAUUAAUUUGCAUAAUUAUUAAUUUUAACAUAUUAUUCAUAUAAAAUAAUUAUGUAUGCUGAAAUUGAAAAUAGGAUUCAAAAUUGUAAAAAAAUUAUUGUCUGACUUAUCUACAAAUAAGUGUAAUACCGCCCCGAUACCGACUUUAAUUAACUAUUUCAGAUUUCAGAUAUUUUAAUGAAAACAAUAUCAGGACAGUAUGUGAUGCACUGAUGCUCCUAGAUCCGUGUUUGUGUAGGCGAUUGGCCUUUACCUUAUAUCAUCGACUGGGUUCCAUAGACGGAUUAGGUUAGGAAUACGCCGUUAGCGCCGUUGAUAACCGACGAGACGUCUGGAUCAUUCCGACUUCAAUCUCACUGACUCGCCGCCGCGGCAUGACGACCGGACAGCCGCAGCUGCGCGCGCAUUCGGUUAUUGAUAUCCACCGGUGUCGUUCCUAUUGUCGAAUAACAAUGCGGUGUCUUAUGGUGUUUGACAAUUUAAACGACAUCGUGUUCAUGAAAUGUGACACGAAAUUCUGCCAACACAUUCGGAAAAUUGGAAUCGCGCAGGACCUUAUAAAACCAACAGAGAAUGAAAAUGAAAACUGUGAAAGAAUCGAUCCAGAUCUAAUACUUCAGAUUUUUUCACCGAUGGUUACAUCUCAGAGAAUUAUGAAUUGUCAUUUUUCAAAUCGGUAUACCUCAAUGCAAUGUCAAAAUGGAACAAAUAUUGUUUUUGAUGAGUACUUAGGUCAUUUGUUCAUUUAUAUUAGUGACAAGGAGGUGUCUUGGCAACAAAAAGUACUUAGUGUAUCAAUUUUAUUUAUAAAAAGAAUUUGUGGUUCUGACGUUUCAUUAUUGAAAUAUAGUCGCCGUCGCCGUUUCCUGGUUUCUAAGCUUUUAGAUGUUUGGUUAAAACGUUCUAGUGAAGAACAGUGUGUAUUAAUUGAAGCUGUUGAACAACUGACUGUCAGUGCAGAACUUUCUACAGCUGCAUUAACAGCCGCUAAAACUGCAGCCGAAAAAAUGAAAACAAAAUCUGCCUUUUCUAGGGUCCAUGUACUUAUAAUGGUUCGACAAAAAUUUUUGACUUUGUAUUCUAGUCGUAAUGCAACUGAUCUGACUGCAGGCGAUACAUUAUUUUUAGCACUCUUAGCUGAGGCUAUACAAUCGGUUGAUUCAGAACCCAAGGAUAAAUCAGAUCUUGAUGUAAUUAUUGUGGAAAAAGACGAUUCACUGCAGCUAGAAAAUAAUACCCCACUGCCACGAAACAAAAUUAACAGCUUACUGAUUCUUUUGGGUCAAAAUGGGUUAAAAUUAAAUGCUGUACAUUUAUCAUACAUUACUGAUGGUGUUCCAUUAUUUAUCAUUCAUGAGAUUGGCAAUGAUGUUUUUAAUACCAGUGUAAUUGAUUCAUUAACAUCAUUUUGCACAAUACAGGAAAUCCAAAUUCGAGGAACUAUAGACCGCGAAGCACUUAAAAUUGCUUAUGAUACAGUAGAUAGUUCCAUGAAAAAAAUUAUUGAUUUAUUUAAAAAGAAAAAUGCCCCAUUUGCUCCAACUCGAAGUGUACUUGCUAUAAUUACCACUUUAGCUACUAGAUGGGAGCCACUGAAAAAGAAAUACAUAGAGUACUUUAAAAAUAAUGAUAGUUCAUCAUUAAUUGCUAUAGAAUCGAGCAACAUGAAUAUUAUAUGUAGUUUAAAAGAUUUGCAUCAUCAUUGUAUGCUCAACGAAUCAUUAAUUGAUAAUUAUACAAAAGAGGCAGUGAGUGAAGCAUCUGCAAUGGUUGCUGUAAUGCUACGUGAUUAUACAUCAUUUUUUGAGGUGAAAGCGAUGAACAAUUUUACAAUGAGAUCAAGGUCGACAUUGAAUAUUAAUAAAUAUUUAGAAGAAUUCCCAGGUCUAGUACAUUUCAUUUAUGUAGAUCGAAUGUCUCAUCGAAUGAUAGCUCCAGGGUUGGAGUUUGCAUCACAAGAAACACUUGAACUCACUAAAAAAAAGGUAUGGUCCAUGGUUGAUUUUAGUAGACAGCAUUUAAGAGAUGGACAUUUUAUUGUUCUAUGGAAAGAUAGCACUUUUACAUAUUCCUAUUUUUUGUGGUUUGAGGAUCAAUCAGGUACAUCAUUAAAGCCAAGAGUUCAACCUAUAGCUUCAGAGUUAUUUCCAGGAAUAUUAAAUGGUGAUUACUAUGAGAAGCUUAUAGAACAAUGUUUUCCAAGAAUGCCAAAAGGAAAAGUGCGUUGUUUUGAACUGUUCUGUGUGCACUUGGGUCUGGCGACUGCUUCCUGUGUGUUAGAACAUUCUCGAAGAUUAUCUGCAACUGUAUGGGAAGUAACUGGAAGACCUAGUAAUCUUCUAGAUUUGUUUUAAACUGUGUUUUAUUUAAAUGUUUAUUACAUUUUUUUUUAUUUACAUAUAUAUUAUACAAUUAACAUUCUGUUUUUAUUGAUCUCAUAAUAUUAUGAUGUCGCUUAAACCAUUUUUAUUUAAAUAUCUAUU